CAUUAGAUAUAGGGAGGCUUCUUCUUCUAAAAAUUUCCAAUUAUUAGCUUCUGCUAUGGACAUGGCCAUGUCGAACGUCAAGGAGAGGUUCAAAGUUACACUGGGAGACGAAGUAAUUGUAAAACCUUGCCGAGACACUACCAGAAAUGUACUUGAGCUAUCUGGAAUUGAUAGGAUAUCUCCUGCCAUUUUCUGCACGCUCUUCUUUUACAGAGCUUCCAAGUCGGAGUCCACUGUGGAGGAACACAGAGAGAAGCUUCAGGAGUCUUUAGAAAAAGUGCUUGUUUCUUGGUAUUCUGCAGCAGGCAGGCUCAGAUUGAAUGGUGCAAGUGGUAAGCUCGAGAUCGACUGCAACGGAGAAGGGGUCACGAUGAGGGCAGCCACCACUGAUGCCAAACUCGAAGACCUUGGCAAUCUCCAUGAGCACAAUGACUUCUGCAACAAGUUGGUUCAUCAGAUUUCUGACAAUGAAGACUUGUCACAGAGUCCACUCGUUGCCGUUCAGGUGACAAGAUUCGCAUGCGGAGGAUACUGCGUAGGUUUUGGAUUCAACCAUGCUCUGUUUGAUGGUUUCGGAGCCUUCAGCUUCUUAGCUUCUUGGGCGCAGAUUUGCUGUGGAAAAGAUGUGAGUGAACUCAUAGAACCAAACCAUUGUAGAGGAACACUCAUGAAGACUCUAGCUUCAUCCGACUCAGGAGCGGCAGCAGGGUCAAUCUACAGCCAGACCCACGUCUCCACUAUCCGGGAUCUUUGCUUGGUGCCCAUGAAAAUGACAGCUCCUGACGAUAGCAGUUGGGGUUCGUCACUCUCACAGAUUACAGGGCCGAAUUCCGAUGAUGGAACUCAGUUUGUUACUCUGUGUUUGAAGAGAGAAAUCAUAAAGGACAUGAAAAGAACAGCCGUUGAAAGCGGUGCCCUUUCAGUAUGCUCUACCUUCGAUGUUCUUUCUGCAAGAGUUUGGAAGGCUAGAGUAAGAGCAUUUAAGCUACACCCAACUACAAGCAUCUGCUUGCAGUUCCCCGUGAAUGCCAGGAACAGAACCAAUCCGGCCCUUGGAGAGAAUUUCACCGGCAAUGCCUUCGUGCUCGCGUCGAUCAUGUGCACUGUGACCGAGCUCGUGGAGGAGCCUCUGGAGCACACGAUUGCCAGAAUCCAGAGUGCCAAGAGGAGUAUUAGUGACGAGUACGUGAAGGCAUACUUGGGAGCACUGGAGUGCAGAGAGAAGUUCCUCCCUUCAAUGAGGGAGCUCACAAUAGUGAGUGAUUGGACGAAGUUUUGCUUCCACGAAAUUGAUUUCGGGGAGGGGAGGCCGGCGGCUGUUUCGCCGGUGUCUACCACGGUGCCUGAAGUUGCUUACUUGAUGCCUGAUCUUGGAGAGGAAGGGGGGAUGUUGGUGAGAUUGGGAAUUGAGGGUCAGUAUCUCCAAGAAUUCAUCAACAAUUUGUAUGGUAAUCGUUAA